AUGCCGGUGUUUCACACGAAGACGAUAGAAAGUAUCCUGGAGCCGGUGGCUCAGCAGAUAUCCCAUCUGGUGAUAAUGCACGAAGAAGGUGAAGUUGACGGGAAAGCGAUUCCAGACCUAUCGGCCCCGGUGGCCGCUGUACAGGCAGCCGUCAGCAACCUUGUUCGUGUGGGGAAAGAGACUGUCCAAACCACAGAGGACCAGAUCAUGAAAAGGGACAUGCCACCUGCUUUUAUCAAGGUGGAGAAUGCCUGCACUAAGCUGGUGCAGGCUGCCUCCAUGCUAAAAGCUGAUCCAUACUCCGUCCCUGCUCGUGAUUACCUCAUCGACGGCUCCCGGGGCAUCCUCUCUGGAACCUCUGACCUGCUCCUGACCUUCGAUGAGGCUGAGGUUCGCAAAAUCAUCCGCGUAUGUAAAGGCAUCCUGGAAUACCUGACAGUGGCAGAGGUGGUGGAGUCUAUGGAGGACUUGAUCACAUACACAAAGAACCUGGGACCAGGGAUGACAAAGAUGGCAAAGAUGAUAGAUGAGCGACAGCAGGAGCUGACUCACCAAGAGCACCGUGUGAUGCUGGUCAAGUCGAUGAACACCGUCAAAGAGCUGCUACCUGUCCUCAUCUCAGGUAUCAAGAUCUUUGUGACAACCAAGACAUCUGGCAGCCAGGGUGUGGAGGAAGCCUUGAAGAACCGUAAUUUCACCUUUGAGAAGAUGAGCGCCGAAAUAAAUGAGAUCAUUAGAGUGCUCCAGCUCACAUCCUGGGAUGAAGAUGCCUGGGCCAACAAGGACACAGAGGCGAUGAAGAGGGCUCUGGGGCUCAUCGACUCAAAGAUGGCCCAGGCUAAGAACUGGCUGAGGGAUCCAAAUGCUCAACCAGGGGAUGCAGGAGAGCAGGCUAUCCGCCAGAUUCUGGAUGAAGCUGGUAAAGUUGGUGAACUGUGCACAGGCAAGGAGCGCAGAGAUAUCUUGGGCACAGCCAAGACACUGGGUCAGAUGACCGACCAGGUUUCUGAGAUGCGGGCUAGAGGUCAAGGAGCAUCCCCAGCUGCCAUGCAGAAGGCCCAGCAGGUUUCCCAGGGGCUGGACGUGCUCACAGGCAAGGUGGAAAAUGCCGCCCGCAAGCUGGAGAACAUGACUAACUCCAAGCAGGCUAUUGCCAAGCGGAUAGAUAAUGCACAGAACUGGUUGGCAGAUCCGAAUGGUGGUCCAGAGGGAGAGGAGAAUAUCAAGGCUCUCCUUACUGAGGCUAAAAAGAUUGCAGACAUGUGUGAGGACCCCAAAGAAAGAGAUGACAUAUUGCGCUCUAUUGGAGAGAUUGCUGCCCUCACUGCCAAGCUCUCUGACCUCAGAAGACAGGGUAAAGGUGAUACUCCAGAGGCGAGAGCUUUGGCUAAACAGAUCGCAACAGCUCUCCAGAACCUACAGUCCAAGACCAACAAAGCUGUGGCCAACAGCAGGCCUGCAAAGGCAGCCGUGCAUUUGGAGGGGAAGAUUGAACAGGCCCAGCGCUGGAUUGACAAUCCCACCAUGGAUGACAGCGGUGUGGGUCAGGCAGCCAUCCGUGGGCUGGUGGCAGAGGGGCGCAGGCUGGCCAAUGCCCUGCCAGGUCCAUACAGGCAGGAGCUGCUGGGUAAAUGUGAGCAGGUGGAGCAGCUCAUGGCCCAGCUGGCAGACCUGGCUGCCCGAGGCGAAGGGGACUCCCCUCAGGCACGUGCCAUUGCUCAGCAGCUCCAGGAGGCCCUGAAAGACCUGAAAGGUAAAAUGCAGGAAACAAUGACUCAGGAAGUGUCAGACAUCUUCAGUGACACCACCACUCCCAUCAAGUUACUGGCAGUGGCUGCCACUGCCCCUCUCAACGCCCCCAACAGGGAUGAGGUCUUUGAAGAGAGGGCUGCCAACUUUGAGAACCAUGCCAAUAAGCUUGGCGCCACAGCAGAGAAAGCUGCUGCUGUAGGAACAGCCAACAAGAGCACAGUGGAGGGAAUCCAGGCUGCUGUCAAGUCAACAAGGGACUUAACACCUCAAGUGGUAUCUGCUGCUCGUAUUCUGCUGAGAAACCCUGGCAACCAAGCUGCAAAUGAACAUUUUGAAACCAUGAAGAACCAGUGGAUUGACAAUGUUGAGAAAAUGACAGGUUUGGUGGAUGAGGCCAUCGACACCAAGUCCCUGCUGGAUGCCUCAGAGGAGGCCAUAAAGAAGGACCUGGAGAAGUGUCGUGUGGCCAUGGCUAACCACCAGCCCCAGAUGUUGGUUGCUGGUGCCACCAGCAUUGCCCGCAGAGCCAACCGUAUCCUCCUCGUGGCGAAACGAGAGGUGGAAAACUCUGAGGAUCCCAAGUUCAGGGAGGUGGUGAAGGCUGCAUCUGAUGAGCUGAGCCAGACCAUCUCUCCUAUGGUGAUGGAUGCUAAAGCGGUGGCUGGAAACAUCCAUGAUCCAACUCUUCAGAAGGGCUUUCUUGACUCGGGAUACAAGAUCCUUGGUGCUGUUGCAAAGGUCAGGGAGGCAUUCCAGCCUCAGGAGCCAGAUUUCCCACCACCUCCUCCGGAACUGGAUCAGCUUCAUCUUAAUGAUGAGCCUGCACCACCCAAACCUCCUCUCCCUGAGGGUGAGGUUCCUCCUCCCAGGCCCCCUCCUCCAGAGGAGAAGGAUGAAGAAUUCCCAGAGCAGAAGGCGGGCGAGAUGGUGAGCGAGCCCAUGAUGGUCGCUGCCAGGCAGCUCCACGAUGAGGCCCGCAAAUGGUCUAGCAAAGGAAAUGACAUCAUUGGUGCUGCCAAGCGAAUGGCCUUGCUCAUGGCUGAGAUGUCGCGUCUGGUGCGUGGUGGCAGCGGGAACAAGCGUGCCCUCAUCCAGUGUGCCAAGGAUAUCGCUAAGGCUUCUGAUGAAGUCACACGGUUGGCCAAGGAGGUAGCCAAGCAAUGUACGGACAAGCGUAUCCGGACCAACUUGCUCCAGGUGUGUGAGCGAAUUCCCACCAUCAGCACACAGCUCAAAAUCCUGUCCACAGUCAAGGCCACAAUGUUGGGUCGUACCAACAUUAGUGAGGAGGAGUCAGAGCAGGCCACAGAGAUGUUGGUUCACAAUGCUCAGAACCUGAUGCAGUCUGUGAAGGAGACGGUCAGGGAGGCUGAGGCAGCUUCCAUUAAGAUCCGGACAGAUGCAGGUUUCACCCUUCACUGGGUCAGAAAGACCCCAUGGUACCAGUAA